UCAGAGUGCAGCAGACUGCAGUCUCCAUCACACUCCUCCUCCUCCUCCUCCCUGCGCUCCCCUGGCAGGUGGAAAGGACACACGCACACGGGGCCGGCACAAUGGUUUUCAUCCCAGUCUUGGCCCUGUUGGCCCUGGUGGUCUCUGCUGAAGGAAGUGUUGGGCCGAGUACCAACAGCAGCUUUUGCACAGAGUCAAAGGAAUGUCUGGAAUAUGAGCUGGUCUGCAAAACAGAUGAAUAUGAGGUGCGACACUACAGCCCCACUCGCUGGGUGUCGACAGAUGCUGAAGCCUAUUUCAUGGGUGUGGGUGCAGCCAUGGCCUUCAGGAGACUUUUCCAGUACAUCUCUGGAGCCAAUGAAGGAGGUAUCCAGAUGGAGAUGACUGCCCCCGUCCUGGUCAAGAUCCCAGAGGAGACCAAGUUGUGGGAGCCGGCUGUCUACACGCUCAACUUCCCCCUGCCGGCAGCCUAUCAGGACAAGCCGCCCGCCCCCACCAAUGACAAGCUGUAUUUCACUGAGAUGCCAGAGAUGGACGUCUAUGUGAGGAGUUAUGGAGGCUGGAUGCUGUCCGUCACCUCAAAGCUUCACGCUCACCUGCUCACUAAAGAACUGGAGAGAGUUCGAGCUUCCUACAACCGCAGCUGCCACUAUGGAGUUGGCUAUGACAGUCCCUUUAAGCUGUUGGACAGGCACAACGAGGUGUGGUAUGUGGCCGAGGGGCAGGUAGUUUGCACAGAUCCCCAGGAGCCGACCCCUGCACACACUCCCAGGCCGACCUCGACCAGCUCACCCACAGACCCUGCAUCUGACCCCCUCCCACACACCCUCUCUGACUCCCCCUCACUCACUCCCUCCAACCUCUCCUCAAACACAAUCUACAACGUCUCCUCCUCACAAGCGCCCUCCGACACGCCCACUCUCCCCGCAUCUAACGCUCCACCCAGCCCUUCAUCCGACCUGCCCGCCGAUGCCCCGUUCAGCCACCCCCCGACGUCCGCCCAGAUCCUGCUGAACCCAACAACUAACUCCUCCGAUCCCGUCUCUGUGAGUCCGUCCGUGGAGCCCCAGUCCGACGCUGCCCUGUGGAACAGCACAGCCCACAGCUCUCUGGAUACACAAGCUGACAGUAACCCUGUGGUCGAGCCAGAAGAUGCUCAUUAGCAGUCUGAUUUGAUAAAAGCAGCUGUUCCACGUAUAGUAACAUGGAAUCUAAACAGAAAAGAAGCAAUGGAGGUGGGUGAUAGAUGGAGAAGCUGUUCUCUUCCUCCUAAUCUCUCUAUUCCUAUGUAUUACACCAACUCCUCCUUAUGGCACUUAGUGUUUAACUAUAUGUUCUCUCACAGCUUUGCACCUGCAGCUUCCUGUAUCAGCAAACACAUGCUUGUCCACUUUGUCGUUCUGAGGUUAUCAUAUCAGCUGCAUUAUAGAAUUAAGUAAGAUGUAUGCAUUAGUUACAAAGUUAGAAUCCAAGGUUAUUGUGUUGAAUCAGCUAAAGCUGAAGGCAGAGAUCGAUCACGUUUAACAUCUGUUUAACCCUAAGACUAACUUCAGUGGAAAUGGAUUUUCAUGGUGUAAUUAGUGAUUCCACAAAGUUUCUGUCAAUAGUUUCCAGCCCAAACAUCCUACAAGCUUCUUAUACUCUGUUGAGCUUCAUGUCAGUUAAUUUCAUGAUAUAUGUGGUAACAUAUAGAUAAAUCAUUAGAAAUUCAGUGUGGACAUUCAUUGGGAUCUUUGGUGCUAAUUACUGAUACUGAAAGCUCUAUAUAAUAGUAUAUUUCAUUAAAUUUCCCAAAUUAUUAACAUUCUUAUUUUUAUAUGUUGGAUCGAACAUUUUUCCCCAGUAUUUGUUCUCAAAAGUGCCUGUAAAACACUCCUAUGUAAAACCUGUUUUAAUUUUCAGGUAAUUACAGUAAGCAAUUUGAUCAGAUUUUGUAAAUUUAAUGAACACAUUUAUUACAAUAAUUUAUUAUUAUGACACAAGGGAUAUUACUAACGUACAGUAUGCUGUGUACCAGAAAAAGGCUUGUUGUUGG